GGCCACACUGGUUGGACUGAAGAAUCACUGGCCAGGACUUCUCGCUGGGUAGGACUACUUGGCGUUCACAUGGCAAUUAGUGUCUAAUGUCCAUCUCACCUCUCACCUCUCUCUCACACUCCCUCCUCGCUAUCAUUGUCCUUCCCCCGGUCCGCCCUCCUCCUGUCCAUUCCUCUCUUGUCCAUCCUCCACUCUACCUCUAGGAAUCUGUCUCUCUCUUCAUGCACCAUUUUCUCUCCAAACUGUCUGAACUCUCCAACAAUUAGCAUUAGAAAACAUAUUUCUGAUUUGGUCAUUAUUAUGGGUAUGUGAAAAGUGAAAAGGCAGUUUCAUCUUCUUUAUGAAGGUAUUUACGAACUAUUCUACAUCUUUAACAAUAUUAUAUAAUACAUUUUUUGUAAAGAUUUGACCUUUUCCUUUAAUGAAUGUGAUAACUUAUGCUUCUGCCAUGUAUUUGUCAUAUCAAUAUAAUGUGAGGUGUAUGUUCAGUAUCAUUUAACCACCUAGCAUUUUGUUUGUUUCAUUUCCCCAAUGGUCUUCACAGUAUAUAAAUGGUUCCCUAGUUUGUUCCGGUACAUGGAAGUAGAAUAUAGUGUAGUCAAAGUGUAUCAGUUGCUUGGACUUAAUUCAUCAACUUAUAUGUAUUAUAUAUUGCCAAUAUAGGCUCAUAAACACCGUUAUUAUACUCAGAUGUUUUUUACCAGUUCAGUUUUAAUGCUUGGGUGUUUAUGGGCAAAAGAGUGUCCAAAACUCUGUAGGGAAAUAAUCUGAACCUGAGAAAGGGUACUUGUUGAUGCCUUGAAAGUCAAGAAGAAUCAAUACAAGUGUUGACCGUGAGAACCAGGAGGAGUGGAGGGAUAUGCAAACAAAGACAAAGGAGUGAGAGAGGGAGGGAGAGGAAGAGAGAGUUAAAAUGAUCCUCCUUGAACAAAUCCUUUUCAAUCUGAUCAGUGUUCGGGAUGGACUAACCAGCUUGGGACUCUGUAGCUUGUGACCAGAUGAGAUGGAUGGAUAGAAGACGGCUAGAAACGGAUUCGUUUGGCUGCCGAUCACAAGAGGCCCGCUGUGCCCAAAGGGAUCACCGGGAUGUGGACACCUCGACAGCUAUUUGUCCCGUUAUGGAGCCAACGUGCAUUGUUUGAUACAGCGACAUGGCGAUGAAGCACUAACAGCUUUAGCAGAGAGACAAGGUCCUGCGUGCUGCAAUAUUUCUCUAAGAAAUUGACCCUGUUGUACAGGGGAUUUGGGGAUUUAUUUUGCCAUGUGUCAAAUCAGCUUGCCAGCCGUCCCACGUGACAGACUCCCUUGACAGGAGAGAAGCGAGACGUCGACCAAAGAUGGCCGACAACGCCAUCCCACCCCUGAUGCUUUUGUCUACAGGGCAAACGCGUUGGGGUGGAGUACUUCCAGGUUUCAUCCUACCCUCUUUCCCUCUUUUUUCUCUACUCCUCUAUACUCUCAUAUCUUCCUCAACGGCUGCUGUUAGUUUGCCGGGAUUAGACUAUGACUAUGGAGCCCAGCCCAAGUUUGUUUGCACCCCAAUUCCAGCGGAUGCAGACCCCAGCUGCUUCACACCAGGCGGGGCAGCACACGGACCUGUCCACGACAGACCCAGCAGUAAUGGGCAUCAUGGACCUGCUGCAGGGGCGCCCAAUGGUAACGGCAGGAGGCCGAUGGGAAUGGGGAUGGGGAUUGGAAUAUCAGACGAGGCCAAAUCCACCAUCCUGCACCUUCGCGAGAGCCUGGUGCGGCAAAAGGAGACCAUCUUAGACCAACGGGAGACGAUCAGGGAACUGACUGCCAAGCUGACCCUCUGUGAGGGCUUUGGCCGGGGAGUGGGUCAUCACGAUGACCAUCACGACGACCACCAUGGAAACGCGCGUCACAACUCCCAUCACCCGAGCUCGCAUCACUCCUACCAUGACACUGACCACCACGGGGACCCACACUACCCACUGAACAAUGGGCACCGAUCAGACCCACACCACAGAGGGAAGGAUAACUCUGGGAGCAAGCAUGGGGCCUUCUCCCCUGAGCAGACUAGGAAAACGCUACAGACACUCAAGGAGAGGCUGGAGAACUUGCAGGCCAGGAAUUCCUCCAGCUCCUAUUCAAGCUCACUGAGAGACCUCCUGCAACGUAAAAUCAAUGCACUUGAGAAGCAGCUCAACAAUCACUACGGUGGGCAUCAUGAUUAUGGUCACCAUGACGACUACCACGAUGACCACCAUGACGACCACCACGAUGGCCAUCCGGACGACCACCACGACGACCACCAUGAACCUAGUCACCGCGAUGACCACCACGAUGAUCAUCACGAUGACCAACAUGGACCGGGUCACCACGACGACCACCAUGAUGACUAUCACGACACCCACACCCCCACCCCCACCCGCUACAACAACCGCCCCAACAACCGUCAAAACAGUCACCAUGAUGACCAUCACUAUGACCGACACUAUGACCGCCAUUAUGAUCGUAGCCACGGCCGCCAUGACACACACCAUAAUGACCACCAUGACGAUCACCAUGACGACCAUCCUGAUGAUCAUCACGACGACCACCACGAUGAUCUUCACGAUGACCACCGUGAAAACGGUGAUGACCACCGUGAAAACGGUGAUGACCACCAAGGCAAUGACGACCAUGGCCAUCGUCCUCGUCCAGCCUAUAACAGCAAGCCACCACCUCCAUUACCUCUUGGCCGUGGACACAACAAGCUGGAAACUGUGCUGAGCCACCUUAACCACAGGAACUCUAACCCUGGUACCCGGAAAAAGCCAAAGAGUCCGGAUGCUUUCCAGAUUGGCUUCCCUAUGCGCACUAACUACAUGUAUGGAAGGAUAAAAAAGACCCUACUCAUUGAAAUCUUCACCCUCACUGUCUGCCUCUGGAUAAAAGGGGGAUCAGGGCCUGGCCUCGGCACGCCCUUCUCCUACUCUGUCCCGGGACAGGCCAACGAACUGGUUCUGAUCGAAUGGGGCAACAAUCCCAUGGAACUACUGGUUAACGACAAUGCAGUGACGUUGCCCAUGGCUAUGACGGAUGGGAAGUGGCACCACCUGUGCAUGACAUGGUCGUCACACGAUGGGCAUUGGGAGGCCUUCCAGGAUGGCGUCAAAAGGGGGUCUGGAGAGAACCUAUCUGCAUGGCAUCCCAUCAAGCCUGGUGGAGUCUUUAUUCUGGGCCAGGAACAGGAUACCCUAGGUGGCCGAUUUGACGCCACCCAGUCCUUCGUGGGCGAGAUGUCAGACCUCCAGUUGUGGUCCCGCGUUCUCACACCCAAUGAAAUCUAUAGCCAGGCUUCCUGCGGAGGUCACCUGGCGGGUGACCUCAUCUCCUGGACAGAGGCAGUGGUCGAGCUUCACGGCGGGGUCACCAAAUACCCCUUUGACCCCUGCCACUAAGGACUACCCCACCCUGAUGUUAUUUAACGAGCUGUCUGGUGUGGCAGCAGGGCUCUGUGCACUACGCUGCAGACACAUGACAGGCCCUUAGCAACAACCAGGCUGGCCCUUCUGCAAUUUUGCCAUCCCUUUCCUCUCUGUUCUGCCUUCCCCCUCGCUGGGCCGAGGAACUGGGAAGACUUUAAAAGAGCAAAGGCUGGAUUUAACUGAAUGGCCAUGACCGCUGCUCCUCCCGGGAUCCAAUACCGGUAAUAGGAUUCCCUGUCUUUAAAUGGGUCCACCCAUGUUUGCCUCGGGCCUUAGUAAAAGCCCUUCAUCAGUCAGGUGUUCAAAGAAUCAUAACAUUUUACUGGGACAUAUUAUGCCGGGAUAUGGUUCUCAAAAUCCUAACACUCCAGAUGUUAUUUGUUCGUCUUUCUGUUUUUUUUUUUUGCUGGCGAGCAGGACGAUACCAGUGACUAAAAGGAACGCACUGAGGCAGAAUGCUCAUAAACCAACCGUGGACAAUAUGGAAUGAACAAACUAAAGGCACUCAAAACAGCCACAUCGAUGGCAAGUGUAUGAGUUGGAAGACAAUGAUUUGAUGAUUGAAUGUGAUGAAUGUGAGGUACUACAUUGUAUUUUUUUGUACAUGAAGAUGGAGGAUCUCAUCUAUGGUUGUAGUUUUUUUUUUGGAGGGGGGGGGGUUAGGCCUGUCUCAACUCUACCUUUCACGCAAAAAUGUUAGAGGACUAUUUUAUACUACUGUGUUGUACACACGUGCAACGUUCCAUUUCAUUUUUCAGAUGAAUUUAGCUCUACCAAUAUCAACUGAUCAACACUCACCUGGAUUGUAAUUUCUAUCAGUGUGUCUGAAAUGGCUGCCAGGUUUUAUGAAACACCCGAGUUGAAGUUGUGGAUAUGAGCCCGCAUAAAUACAGGUUAACUGCCUGUCAAGAGGUCCUAAGCUAAUGCUGACAUCUCCAUUGUAAUCUUGUGGUUAUACAGGCAGAUUUACCUGACAAAUAGAGCUCGGAUCUAGAUCCAGACUAUUUCCGUGUUGUCAUAGCAGACACAUGCUCUUAAAUACAUUCACGCAUGAAUGCACAUGCACUCAAAACAGCUUGGGGAAGAAAAACAAUUCUGUAAUGCUCUAAAAGGCUUAUUUUCAAAGUCAACCUCAUCCAAUUUUGGUUUUUAUUAAUUGGGUCCUGUGUUUUUUAUGCAUGUAAAAUGCUUAUAAAAAUAGGUUUAAAAAAUAUAUAGCCUGUCUUGAAUAUCAACUGUCAAAAAUCAUAAACAAAUACAAACCAUUCAUUUUCUUUUAAAUAUAAGCAUUUUACACAACAACACAUCCUUUCCUUGUCUAUCCUUUCACUGUGGUCAACCCUUUUCUGUCUGUAAAAGCAUUCAAAUUAGGAAUUGAUUUAGUUGUAUUUGCUUACUCACCCCCAUUUCACUGUGGGCUAUUAAGUUCGGAAUGUCUAUGUCUCAUUGAAUCACAUGAACACUGAUCGUAAAAGGGUCAUCUGUUGUUGCCAUGGUGAUAGUAUAGAGCUUAGCUGGACAUGCCCCCCUGACCACUAAUAAUCAUUACAACCAUUACAGGACACAACAAUUACAGUGGGUGACAAGUUGAGCAUUAUAAAAACCCAUGCUCCCAUUUUCCUGUUAGUGGGCCAAAUGUAUGUGAAGUAAAACAAACAAUUAUGUUUCUCAUUUGUGACAAAUAAAAAAUACUAUUGAUUCAUUAAUGAAUGCUAAUACAACUGGAUAUAAUUCAGGUUAAAAAGCAUUGAAUGCAGUUGUAUAAUCUGAAUCUAUGUUGCUUCCAUAACGUUUGCUUAAUCUCGCCUUUGGUAUACAUUUUAAUCUGUAUAUAAAGACACACUCAAUAGUUUUUUUUCUUUCUUGUCUGUAAAUAUUGAACAACCUUUUAUUUAUUAAUUCUUGUGUGUUUGGUCAAAAGUCCCUUUCCUUUGUGUGUAAGCCAAAAACAUGUCAAAUGAAUUGUAAAACUUAAAUGAGGAAUACAUGAAUAAAACUCUGUUAAAUAUGUUUCAAUAAA